GGCACCGCCGCUGCUGCCGGUGCCUGAAGUCGAGAGGAGCGGCGGGUCAGAGCGGCGGCGCGGCACCGAGCAAGCGGGUGUCUGAGGGGGCUUUUGCCGUCACCAUGACGAGCCCUCCGGCCUGUGGAGCGGCCGCGCCGGGACUGCCGGCAUGGAAGCGGGCGCUGCUGGAGCGGAAGCGGGCCAAGCUGGCCGCCGGUGUGGAAUUCCACCGGGGCUUGGAGGCGGACGCGAAGCCGCCGUCGGAGGCAGGGAAGGAGGGCGAGGCGGCGAAGGAGCGGUUCGUGGUGGCCGAAAGCCUGGGCCCUCUGAGGGAGAACCCGUUCAUUCGGCUGGAGGGCGAGCAGCGGCGACGGCGGCGCAGGCGGUUCCUGCCGUCUCCUCCUCGGCCCACCUCAUCUUCUUCCUCCCCGGCGGCCGCCUCCGACCCUCCGGCCUUGGCGCAACUGCUGGAGCUGUACAGUUCCGUCCCGGGCAUCCGCACCAUCCGGGCUGACAACAUCCUCAUCAUCGAAUCCCGGGAGGCGGAAUCGGCCACGGCGGCUCCGGGACCGACCCAGAAAUCAGGAGACGGCCUCGACUGCCCGAAACUGGGGCGACCCACUUCCUCCUCCUCCGCUGCCGCCCCCCCGCCGCCCCCGAGCUCCCCCUGCAGCAAAGAUCCCUUCCGGGACCUGCUGUCACGUGCCGGGGCUGCUGUCACCGAGAUUCGAGCUGCUGAAGUGGUCAUCUAUGAGUCUGAGUCAUCGUCGCCGGCUUCCUCGUCCCGUGCCGGCAGUGGCGGUCCCGAGCCUGAAGCCGGCAGGGUCAGUCGGCUGCUGCAGAAAUUUGACCGGCGGCCCCGGGGCAGCGUGGGGCGAGGGCGGUGGAGGGCUGGCGAGGUCGCUCGGCUGCAGCCGGUGGUGCCAAACCCUCCUCAGGAAGGCACGCCUGCGCUGCUGGCUCUCACGGCCCGUCCUUGUUUUCCACGCGGCCACCCGACCGGAGGCUUUGUGCAGAAGACUGGCUCCAAUUCCUUCGUGGUGAACCCCCGUGCAUGCUGCCCUGUGUCAGAAAAUCCCACCCCUGCACUUAGUAACGGGCCUGUGGAGCCUGGGGUGGCUGCUACGCCCAUGCCAUCUGAGGGCGGAAACCGACAGGUGGGAGCUGCACCCAAGCCAGUGCCAUCGCCAAGCUCCGUUGCUGCCUUGCCGAAUCGAGCCAACUCGUGGAAGCCAAAGCUUGAGGGGGCUACUGAGACCCCGCAGCUCCCCGCCCAGCAGUCUAGUGCCAGUUUGGAUAGCAGUGCCACGGCCAACUCAGCCCGGCCCCCAGCGCUCCUUUGCUCUAACGGCUCCUUCGAGAUCCGCCCGGCCCCCAGGCCAGACCUGGCUGCCAUCCCUGCUCAUGAUCUCCAAGCGCAGGCCUUGGCCAGCCUGCGCCUUAACUCUCGAAACUCCUUUCUUUUUGUGCCCCACCAUAAAGGGGAAGCCUCCAGACCAUUGGAACCUACUGAAGUCCCCCCAAGUUUGCCAGGAGGGGUACUGCCAGCUACCCCAGAGAAGCAGGCAGAGACUUUGGUGCCUGUGACUUACAUCGAUGACGACCUGGUUGAACUGGAUUUUGGAGAUUUGGCCCCCUUGAAAGUCCUGAGUCCAAGGCUUGAGGGCUUUGAUGUGCUCCAAGAAGGUGAUUCCUCCAUUGGAGUGGAGGACCUGGCCGUGCCCGUGUACAGGCCCCACCCUGCUGAUUAUGCCACCUGUUCUGAGAAAAGUAGUAACACCUUUACCAUUGUGCCCAAAAGGAAGCCCCCUAAUGCUGCACUGGAGACCUUCAGCAGAGCUCAGCUGCCAGAGGAGGAGGAGGAGGAAGAGGAAGAAGAAAGCCGAGUGAAAGCUAGGAGUGAUGUGGCCCACCAAAAUUUGGGCCAGCUUCUCAAAAAGCGCUACCCCACUGUGAAUGAGAUUGAGGUGAUAGGGGGCUACCUCUCUUUGGAUAGGUCCUGCAUGAUCAAAUCAGGUUCUCGACGAAAAAAGAUGAAGAUCUCUUUCAAUGAAAGCAGCCUUCAAACUAUGUUUGAAUAUCCAUCAGAAAGCUCCUUAGUGGAGGCAGAGGAGAAUGGUGAUGAAGAAUAUGCAACAGAAGUGGAUGAGAAACCUGCCUUGAUCAUUCCUCGCCCAAACAGUAUCCAGAGCUCAAAUGCAGUAAACUCAGGUUUAUCAAGUUAUACCCCAAAACACUCAGUUGAAUUCAGCAAGUGGCAGGAGCAGCAAUAUGAGGAGAUACCUCCAAGCACAGGGGCCUUUCCACGGGAUGCUUCCCUUCCUGGCAACCAAGACAUGCUCACUCCAGCAGACAAAAGUAGCCUCUCUGACUUUGGUAGUGAACCUGCCCUGUACUUCUAACUGCUAGUCUGACUUGGUGCUGAACAGAGGCCACUCCAAAAUUCCUGGUCUCCUUCCCUACAGGUGCCUGCAGACGCACUUAAUGGGAGAACAAGGUGGGCAUUUAUAGCCAAGUUGCUGCCCCUUAUUGGGUUCCAAGAAGCCAUUUGGGGUGGGGCAGCUCUGUAUUUACACUGGAUUCUGGUGCACGACUUGUUCUGAGGCAGCCUACUUGUUAUACCUGUGGCCUUACCAGUUCCGCUCAAGACCAGUGGCUGAGUAAUGGAACGUGAAUCACCAUUUUUUGGAUGGUUCAAGAAGAAAUUGAACUGGAUUGUGACUGGACUGCUGAUUGCUGACAUGCUUUUCUUCUUGCUUGGCUGUGCUGUGCACUUUCAGCCAAGCAUGUUUGAACUGGCUUGACGGCUUGGGUACUAGAUCUAUGCAAACAAGGUGUAAAUUGAUAGAUGCCCUCUGGUGGAAAACACCAUCUUAGAAUUCACCUUAGAAUGCUCUGAAAGACUGAAGUUUGAAGAUUUUUCUAUUGUGCAAAUAAUGGACACUAACGUUGCCUGGCUGGUUUGGUUAAUUAACAAAGAAAAAAACUGUUCUUUAAUAGAAAAGUAAACUUGGAAAUAGUGUCCAGCAUUACAAGGACUGAUUGUGGAUGUACACCUUUAACAAGGACCAAUAUCUGAGUGUAUGUGAGCAUAAUUUCAAACAAGCCCCUGGCUAUUUCUUAUGCUCACUUUGUGCAAACUUUGCAAUCAUCUGAAACAUCCAAUUUCUGUCUGAGUGGAGCAUUGCCACAUGUGCACCUUUCCUCAGGCUGGUUGGAAACUGGAUAAUAGCUUAACUGAAUAACCAGGGCUGGAGGGGAACAGCUGUUCACAUAACCUCUGGCUAUUAGUGAUUAGCCACUUCAUGAACACUGUUAUCAAACACCACCUUAAGUACAUUUUCAUUAGUUGCAAAGCAGAAUUCUUAUCCAGUUCUCCUCUGAGAAGUCCGCAGCUCCUAGAUCUCAAGAUUUUGUCUCCAGAACAGCUGUUGGGUUAACCCAUCUCCAUGUUUGCAGGUGGAGAAACCUUAUUUCUUUCUUAUCCUUCCUGUCAGAAGUUGCAGUAAUGACCUUUCAUGGCCACACUCUUUAGAAGGAGCUGAUGUGGAAGCCUGAAGGUGUGUGCUGUAUUUGGAUAGCUUUUGCAGUAACUGUUCUACAUAGCAAUUUACUAUGACCAGGUUAAGGAAGUGAGAUUAAGUACUGUAAACUUGAUAAAUGGCAUUCUUUAGAAGAAUAGAAAAUUAUCCAUACUCCGGUGUGCGUGUAGAAACAUGGUUGAAAUUAAUGUGUGUAAAUGGAAAUGAUAAAUCCUUACAUCCAGCCCUACUCCAAAGGACCAAGGCUUCUACUCUGAAACUUACUUCUUUUUGUUUAGAAUGUCAAAUCAGAUUGAGCUUAUUUACUGUGAUGAAUUAUAAAAUGCUCUGUAUUUUGCACUUCAGAACAAUUCAUUGGAGGGAUUGGGAAUUCUAGAUCAUGCACUCAGCUGCCCAUUGUUGCUGGGUCUGGCUGGAGAGGCCAAACUACUAUAUUUGUCAUUCCCCUUCCCCCAGGAAUGGUAUCACUUUGUGCUUCCAAAGCUCAUUAAACUACACAAGUGAUUUCUUCA